AUUUUGUUAAUUGCGUUCAGUCGUUUCUUUUCACCAUGUUACGACCAGCUAUACGAGGUGCAGCUCGGGGACGCUCGUUUGCCACUCAUACAUCUUCUAUUCCACGCAACUAUCCUUCGAUAACACCUCCGUAUCCGACUCUUAUUCAAAAUCUCAAUCACGUUCGCAGUGUCCUCAAAAGGCCGCUUACUCUAGCGGAAAAGAUACUUUACAGUCACCUUCACGAUCCUGUUCAUGGCCUUGGCGACGGCGGACGCAUCAGAGGCGAGGCAUAUUUGCAGCUGAAGCCCGAGAGAGUAGCCAUGCAGGAUGCAUCUGCACAAAUGGCUCUUCUGCAAUUCAUGAGUGCUGGACUAGACCGAUGUGCUGUACCAACCAGUAUACAUUGCGAUCACCUUAUUCAAGCGUCAGACGGGGCCGAAGCUGAUCUAAAGCGGUCCAUCAUAUCCAAUCAGGAAGUGUUUGAUUUCCUCGAAAGUGCAGCGCGCAAAUUCGGUAUCGAAUUCUGGCGUCCAGGCUCUGGAAUCAUUCAUCAGAUCGUCCUGGAAAACUACGCAGCCCCAGGAAUGUUAAUGCUCGGUACAGAUUCUCAUACUCCCAAUGCUGGAGGUCUUGGUAUGUUGGCAAUUGGUGUUGGCGGUGCUGACGCGGUUGAUGCAAUGACUGGCACGCCUUGGGAGUUGAAAGCACCUCAGAUUGUUGGCGUUCACCUUACUGGUAGCUUAUCAGGAUGGACUACCACGAAGGACUUAAUUUUACACCUCGCUGGCAAACUGACUGUGCGAGGAGGCACAGGUCGAAUUAUCGAGUACUUUGGGCCAGGUGUCCAUAGCCAAUCCUGUACAGGUCUGGCUACUAUCGCUAACAUGGGUGCCGAGGUCGGUGCGACAACUUCCACCUUCCCUUACACCAGUAACAUGCGAGGCUAUCUUCACGCCACUGGACGGGGACCAGUAGCUCAAGCUGCCGAUGAAGCUGCUGGCAAGGGUUUCCUUUCUGCGGACGAUGGUGCCGAGUAUGACGAAGUAAUUGAAAUCAAUCUAUCGGAUUUGGAGCCAACAAUCAAUGGUCCUUUCACGCCCGAUCUCGCUACCCCACUGUCUAAGUUUGGCGCUUUUGUGAAGGAACAAGGUUGGAAAGAUGAACUGUCUGCCGGUCUUAUCGGUUCAUGCACGAACAGCUCAUACGAAGACAUGACCAGGGUUGCAGACCUUGCUCGUCAGGCUAAGGCUGCAGGACUGACAACUAAGGUCCCUUUCCUCUGUACGCCAGGGUCUGAACAGAUACGGGCUACCAUGGAGCGUGACAAUGUAACUUCAACACUACAAGAUGUGGGUGCCGUUGUUCUCGCGAACGCAUGUGGUCCUUGUAUCGGUCAAUGGAAACGAGAAGACAAGAAAGGAGAAGAGAAUGCCAUUCUGACCAGUUUCAAUCGAAACUUCAAGUCACGAAAUGACGGAAACCGCUAUACCAUGAACUUCCUCGCAUCGCCGACUGUAGUUACUGCGAUGGCAUUUUCCGGGAGCUUGUCGUUCAACCCUAUGACUGACUCGUUGACACUUGACUCUGGUAAUCGCUUCAAGUUUUUUCCCCCUUCUGGCCAAGAUCUUCCCUCGACCGGCUUUACUCCUGGCGACACUUCGUUCUAUCCACUACCGACCCCGGAACCGCAACCGGAUGCAGAAGUCGUCAUUCAGAAAGACUCACAACGACUGGAAUUACUUGAACCCUUCACCAGUCCUUUCAAUGACGGGAAUUUGGAAUUACCACCAUUAAAAGUUUUGAUGAGAGUUCGCGGAAAAUGUACUACCGACCAUAUUUCAGCAGCAGGUCCUUGGUUGAAAUACAAAGGCCAUUUGACUAACAUUUCCGAGAACCUGCUUAUAACUGCCGUCAACGACGAAGGUGGUGAUGUCAACGUUGCUUUUGAUCAUGACGCUCCCAGCGGAAUCACCGAGACGGGCACCAUACCCGGUGUAGCGAAACGAUUGAAAGGCAGGAAUCAACCUUGGGCCCUUGUUGUUGACGAAAAUUACGGUGAAGGUAGUGCCAGGGAACAUGCAGCUCUCCAACCAAGAUUCUAUGGCUGUAAUCUGAUUGUCGCUCGCUCAUUUGCACGAAUUCACGAGACCAAUCUGAAGAAACAAGGUGUUCUUCCCCUUUGGUUCGCGGAUAAGACCGAUUACUCCCGUAUAGGCUCUGGCGAUAUGAUCGAAACCGUUGGCUUGGUUAAUCUUCUCCAAGGCCACCCAGACGCAAUCAUCAAACUGAGGGUAACUAAUCGCGAAGGAGAGAUUUUUGAGAUACCCACCACUCAUACUAUGUCAAUUGAUCAGAUCAAGUGGCUUCACGCUGGUUCAGCUUUGAACCAUAUCCGUUCGCAGAUGAAGUAAUAUUGAAUCGAAAAAGUAUCCUACAUAUCAUUUUGCUUAUUCUAAUUCCAUGAAAAUACAUCGGAACACCUGAACGCUUCGAGAACACAGUUUGCUACAAUGCCAGUAUCAUGGAUUCUAGGGAGCAUACAUAUCAAGUGCUUCAACUCCGUAUUGCUCAUAUAUAAGGGAUGAGCCACUUAUGUAGACUCGAUUAUUACUAGGCUCCACUGUGGAAUAUACCUUGCUUGGGCCUUGGCUGGUCAGUCAAUUAUUACUAGCAUUUCUCAGUGAAGCAUUGCCUGUUACCGUCAGCCUAUUCAUGCAGGGAAAGGGUCGAAUGAGCAUAUAUCUACAAGCUCGAGUGACUCAGAACUUCACUCCUUGCUCAUCUUGCC